CAGAGUUCGCAACUGGAGCGCUCAGUGGGCUAGCUAAAAGUCCCAGCCUGCAAGCCAACCUCGCUCAGCGGGCGACUGGCCGGAUCCCAGCGCUCUGCCCCUCGCCCAGCCUGCGAGCGCGUGGUACGAAGGCGCGUCUGCAUCCAUGCCCCAGCCGGGGGAGCUGGAGGCGCUCGCAGUCCGAGGCGAGUGAUGCUAGGCUGAGCGCGUGGCGGCCCGUGUCGUGCCCCGCUGAGCCAAGUGCGGAAGGACAGCGGCGCGCUCCAGCUCUGCUUGCCGCGCGUAGGGCGGGGCGCGGCUGGGGGGCGGGGGGCCUGGCCGCCCGCGGGGAGCUGUGGACGAGCAGGCGCGCUGCGGACCCGAGGGAGGACACGGUUAAAGCAUUGCUAUCAACUGUGAACGGGAGAGCGCUCCUUAGUGAACACGCUAACUCUGAAGCCUCCCUUACGCCCCCGAACCACCGAAGGCGGCGACACUUGAUUCAGCGCACAAACACGGGUCCCUUCUGUCCCGGAUACAAUUACGCGGCAGAGACACACUUAAACUCGCGCGGGGCAGCCAAGAGACGAGCUAUGAAGUCUUACACUCCAUAUUUCAUGCUCCUGUGGAGUGCUGUUGGGAUAGUGAAGGCUGCCAAAAUCAUCAUCGUGCCGCCAAUUAUGUUUGAAAGCCAUAUGUACAUUUUCAAGACGCUAGCCUCAGCCUUGCACGAGAGAGGCCACCAUACAGUGUUCCUCCUCUCUGAAGGCAGAGACAUCGCCCCAUCUAAUCAUUACAGCCUCCAGCGCUACCCAGGGAUCUUUAACAGUACCACCUCAGAUGCUUUCCUACAGUCCAAGAUGCGGAAUAUUUUCUCUGGGAGAUUGACAGCAAUCGAACUGUUUGACAUACUGGAUCACUAUACUAAGAACUGUGACAUGAUGGUUGGCAACCAUGCCCUGAUCCAGGGUCUGAAGAAAGAAAAGUUUGACCUGCUGCUGGUGGACCCUAAUGAUAUGUGUGGAUUUGUGAUAGCUCAUCUUUUAGGGGUUAAAUAUGCUGUAUUUUCAACUGGCCUUUGGUAUCCUGCUGAAGUGGGUGCUCCUGCUCCAUUAGCAUACGUCCCAGAGUUUAACUCACUCCUCACAGACCGCAUGAACUUGCUGCAAAGGAUGAAAAAUACCGGUGUUUACCUCAUUUCCAGAUUAGGGGUCAGCUUUCUAGUUCUUCCCAAAUACGAAAGGAUAAUGCAGAAGUACAACCUGCUGCCGGAGAAGUCCAUGUAUGAUUUGGUUCAUGGGUCCAGCCUGUGGAUGCUGUGUACUGACGUAGCACUGGAAUUCCCAAGACCCACUCUGCCUAAUGUUGUUUAUGUAGGAGGAAUCCUAACCAAACCGGCCAGCCCACUACCAGAAGAUCUCCAAAGAUGGGUAAAUGGUGCUAAUGAACAUGGCUUUGUCUUGGUGUCUUUUGGAGCUGGUGUCAAGUAUCUCUCAGAAGACAUUGCUAACAAACUGGCAGGAGCUCUGGGGAGAUUGCCUCAAAAAGUGAUUUGGAGGUUUUCAGGACCCAAACCAAAGAAUCUAGGAAACAACACUAAACUCAUAGAAUGGUUACCACAGAAUGACUUGCUUGGGCAUUCAAAGAUUAAAGCCUUCCUGAGCCAUGGUGGCUUGAACAGUAUUUUUGAAACUAUGUAUCAUGGUGUGCCUGUAGUGGGAAUUCCACUCUUUGGAGACCAUUAUGAUACUAUGACUAGAGUACAGGCAAAAGGAAUGGGAAUAUUACUAGAAUGGAAGACAGUUACUGAAAAAGAGCUGUAUGAAGCACUGGUGAAGGUUAUCAAUAAUCCCAGCUACCGUCAGAGGGCCCAGAAGCUUUCGGAAAUUCACAAGGAUCAACCUGGUCACCCUGUCAAUCGAACUAUCUAUUGGAUAGAUUAUAUUAUUCGUCACAAUGGAGCCCAUCACCUACGUGCCGCUGUCCAUCAAAUCUCUUUUUGUCAGUAUUUUUUACUGGAUAUUGCCUUUGUGCUUUUGCUUGGUGCUGCCUUGUUUUACUUUCUCUUGUCUUGGGUGGCAAAAUUUAUCUACAGAAAAAUCAAAAGUCUGUGGUCUAGAAAUAAGCAUAGCACAGUUAAUGGACAUUACCACAAUGGAAUCCUCAAUGGCAAGUACAAAAGAAAUGGCCAUAUUAAACAUGAAAAGAAAGUGAAAUGAGCCAACAGCCCAGGUGGUAGAAAUAAAUUGGUUCCCUCAUUGAAUUUUUAUUGCUAUUAUUUAAUCUAACAGCUACUAAAAGUAAAACAGUAAACAAUUCUAACAUGCCCUUAUGAGAUCUACUAAUGAAAUUCUGUGGAAUUAAGAUGGCUGUAAAAAGCACAAACCUAAAAUGCAAAAAUGUAUUUUAUUCAAAUACUGAUGUAGAGAGUUUUGGCACUGAACCUUUUAGAAGCCUUAAUUAUUUAAAUCAAUUAAGUGACUGUGUCAGACUUUAGUUUUAAAUCUUCAUAUGUGUGUGUCCUGGAUCAAGAAUGGUUGCAUUUUUCUUAAUAAGGUUGUGUGUGUGUAUGUGUGUCUGUGUGUGUGUGUGUGUGUCUCCUAAUUAAGAGAAUUUUUACUGGCUGCUUGUUACAUUUGUUGAGGGUACAACACACUCAAGAAUAAAGUAAAAGGAUAGUCAGGAUCCAGAUGUUUCUUUUCUACCAUUUAAUAUGUGUGAACUCAGAACACUACUAUGAAAGAACACUUUCCCCCAAAACUGGAUGCAGAGGAAGGAAAAAAAAAAAAAAAAAAAAAAAAAAAAAAAAAACAAAAAAAGAAAAGAAAAGGCACAGGUUUUUUUUGUAAUUUUUGUUUUAUUUUUGUUGUUGUUGUUGUUUUUCUUGUUUUUAUUUUCUGAUAGAGUAUGGCCACUUCUGGGGGGAAAACAUGUAAUUAAGUAAAUGUAUACAUUGGUUUUCACAUUUUACUUUUGUUUUCCCACUACCAAUAAUUUUCCUCUGGAAGAAUUUUAUAGUUUUUUUCUAUUUAAUUUUAAUGAGUAACAAUAUGUUAAAUGCAUAAUUAAGACAAAGCAAUGAAAUUCUGACUUUAUUCAAAGUACUGAAGAUUAUUGCUUCCAGGGCAUUUUUAAACAGCACCACUGUAUUGUUGAAUGUUUAUGUAACUGUUUGAUGGCUUUUCUAUAAUGUAACUUUUGAAUGUUCAGGUGUUACAUUUCCAAAGUUUUACUUUUAAAAAACCAUCUUCUGAUCCCUUUUAUUGUCCAGGCCACACAAUCUAUAUUACAUAGGUGCCAACAUUUAAUUCCUUUAAAUGAAACAUUUGCAGUUUUCCAUAUUGGUACCUGCUUUGUCUGGAGAGGUCUGAGAUCUUGUUAACAAAUCAGACUUUACACUAUAUACAGAUGUGACAGAUAAAUUGAACUACUUGUUUGUGAAAAUGAAUUCCUAUCAUCCUCCUCAUUCCCUUAGCCCUCACCUCAGCAGCCUUUUCCAGUCAUUGUGGCUGACAUGGAGCAGUGACAGUAUUCAUUUGAGAACAGGGAUGCAAGUCACAGACAUCAUAAAAUCAGGGCCUCCCUGCUGAAGCAUUCACUAGUUGGCAACUAUGAAUUUCUUCCAUGUCAUUCUGUUUACUUAGCACUUGCACUACCCUUGUUGGUUGAGUGUAUGCUUUAUUUGUUUGUAGUUUGAAAUCCCACAUCUGAUAGCUGAGAGUAGGCAAAUACAACAUUUACCUAAUGUUACUCACUAACAUGGAAGAGUUGUGAAAAUUCUACAGUGCUGUAAAUCCUUGGCAUACACUAUGACAAACAACUUCAUUACUCUCCCACCAGGAGCUGCUCUCCUGCACUUAGAAAUAAUGUCACAAGUAGUUUUCUAAUGCACAAUGCAGACAAAUGUACUGCUCUCUGAAUACUUGAAGAAAUGGUAUUAUACAUACAUAGAAACCGAUUAGUUAUACCUUUUCACAAUCUUAUUACGAUGUUGCCGUUAAAAGGGAAAAAAGACACAGGCAAUGAAUGGUGGGAUAGUAAGAGGACUUAGAGUGUAUGAAUGAGUUGAUUUUACUUUUUUGUAAUUGGAUUAAGUUGACAGUAGGCACUGAUUGGAUGAUUAAGCAUAAGUUAAUCUCCACUGUGAUAAAAACUUAAAUAAUAAACAUGAUUUAAAAUAGA